AUGACUUCGACACUUGUCCACGACCAAUUCGCCAAACCCGACCAGUUGAGGAAGUCUGGAGUUGAAGAUUUCGUUCGCAUGGCUAAUUCGUCUUGGCUCCCGAUCAUGGAUCUUGUCUUGGAUAGCACAAAUGAGGCAUUUCACUCGAGUAAUAUUGGCAAUAAUACGGCCCGUCUUCUUAGAGUGGGCUACAAUUCUGCGACAAUUGCAGCGACCCAUUGCAGCAAUGGUAUUGCUAAAAAUGUUGGUGUUUCUGGGACCAGAUUUGCCUCAAUAGGCGAUAUAAUAGUUGAACCUUAUUCACAGCUAAUUUUGCCUGCCUUCUUAGGCAGAUGUAUACCUUAA